AGCUCUGAUGAUUUGGGUCGGUUUUUUUCUCUUAUGGUGCUACCACCUUCACCAUCAACCAGAAUUUUGCCCCAGAAGAACAUGGUGUCAGAGACGAGAUUAACUUCCUCCACCAGUGUCCGGUCAUUGGACUUAAUUGAUUCAAGUGCUCCUAGGUCUACUGAAAUUUCAUGUUCAGUUGUAUCUUCUGAGAAAAACAUAGUAGAAACAGCUGGUUUUUCAAGCAAGUUCCCGUUAAGUGGAUCCUUUUUGCUCGAGGAUUCAAAUGAAAACUCACCUGCAAGAGAAGUAUCUUGUCAUAGCACUGUUGAUGUGGCUGGGUUUGUCUCUCACACUGUUCUUCGAUCUUCACUGUCAAGUGCAACUUUAUCUGGUGUCCUGUCAUCAGAAUUAAUUGGGCUAUCAGAUGACUCCAAUGUUGUGGUUAGUAUUUCUCCCAUGGAAACCAUUGCCUUGUGUGACAAUGCGAAGCUUGAGGAUAGCUGUCAAAUGUUCUGGGAUGCCUUAACUACAAAAAAGAGUUUAGCGAAGGGGUAUGAGCAGCUUGCAAUUUGGUUUGGAGAUGCUGAAAUAGGGUCUAACAAAGAAUCUAUGCAAAGUCUUCUUCCAUAUACAACUGCCACAACUAUGGGGUGUGAAAAUUUGCAAACAGAAGCUGAAGGUGAAUCCGGAUGGGAACUUUUGUAAAUAAUUGUAGAAGGGGGUUGCUGCUCAAUGUUACUGGAUUCAACCACAUGUCUCAUGCUUGUGCAGGCAAAAUCAUCGUACCUUGAAUAAACAAACAUGGUAGGU